GCCUGAACCACAGGAAGUCCGGUUCUGUGUUAUUAUCCUAUUAUCACUGCACAUUCUCGUGUAAUGUAGACGCUUAGUCAACGCGUGCUUAGUUCUUUAAAAUAUGUUCUUGCUGAAUUAUAGCAUUUACAAAGGUAAGUUUGGACCUUUCAGCGGACACAGCAUAAUGACAGUGACAGUCGCUUAGUUACCAGAAAACUGGAGCAAAUCAGCGGCAGCUCAGUGCUGCUAGGCUAAAGCUGCUGUUAGCGUAGAUGAGCAAGGACGCUAACAUAUAACAGGAAUAUAACCACUUGUUUUUGUUUUUGCAUUGCUGUCAUUUCCUUGUAUGUCGGUAACUUUGCCUUUAUAGAUAUUCAGCAGAAUAAUGCGGCAUUCCUCUGGUCCACAGCACACUAAAAAGGGACCAAAUCCUAAUCCCAAUUACUAGUGACAACAUGAAGAUGAGAGCUGCCAAGAAGAAGCAAAACAAAUCAACUACAGAGAAGACACCGCACAAUGUGGUCGUAGUUCAAAGUGAAUAUAAGCCCGAAGAAGACACUCGUGAAAUUUGCACUAAUGGAGAAGGCCUGAACGUACAAAUUAAGGAGGAACCACGUUCACAGGAGAUCAGUGGGGAGCUCCAUUUAAACUCAUUAAGCUGCUCGGACACUAACCCAAACACUGUGACAUCCUGGCCAGAUGUUCCCAACCAACAGGUGUUUAUAAAGGACGAGUUUGAGCAGCCAGAAUAUGAAUACACUGAAGCUGCUGUCAAGGAGGAGUCAGAGAUGCGGAUGAAAGAGGAGGGAGAUGCUGAAGAGGAUGUAGACAACAUCCAGGAAGAUUCUGGAGAGGACGAGCAGGUCUGCACAGAAUCAUCGUCUGAGUUCUUUCCAUGUCCCCACUGCUCCGUCUCCUUUACUGACUUGGAGUUCUUAGAGAAGCAUGUCAAGUGGGUCCAUCAGAAGCAAUAUCUCGCUAGUCUGAAAAAAUGCCUCUCAAGCAGCACACAGAACCUUAUCCAAAAACACACCUGCACAGUCUGCAGUAGCACCUUUACUUCUAAAGUAAAGCUGAGGGUCCAUGCACAUGAAGCCCACCCAUCUGCCCCUCCACGAAGGCUCUACCCCUGUCCAACAUGUGCACGCAGCUUUCAGUACCUAAAGAACCUCAAGAAUCACUGUCAGCGAUGGCACAGUAUGUCUGUGGUAACCAGAGGAGGGCAUCUCAGCUGUGCUGAUUGUGGGAAAAGUUUCAAAGCUACCUGGGGUCAAGGGCCUCAUUUGUGUCAUAAACCAGAUACCACAGAAGCGGAGGAUAAGCCAAUCUGUCUGGAUAUUGGUGUGCCAUGUCCAGAGUGUGGUAAGAUCCUGCGCACACCUCAAAGCCUGGAAGAUCACAUGCGUACCCACACAGGAGACCGUCCGUUUGUCUGCAAAGAUUGUGGCAGGAGGUUUGUGGAGCGCAGUGGUUGGCGGCAACACAUGAAAAUUCACACGGGGGAGAAGCCGUACAAAUGUCAGGUUUGUGGGAAGGCCUUCUUACGAUCACAUCACCUUAACUGCCACUUGACAACACACUCCAGCAAGAAGGAAUAUUCUUGUUCUGUAUGUGGAAAGGAGUUUGGGUUGAAGGCAAGUCUGAAUCUUCACUUGAGGACACAUUCCAGUGAAAAACCUUUUCACUGCAAUGUGUGUGGGAAGAACUUUAACACCAGGAAAAACUUGAGGGUUCACAGCAAACUCCACAACAGCGAGAAAGCUCACCAGUGCGGGGACUGUGGGCUAAAGAUCGGCGAUCUAGGGGCUUUGAAAAUACACCUGCGGACACACACUGGAGAAAGACCCUAUCACUGCACAGUCUGUGGCAAUAGGUUCAUUCGCCUUGCACAUUUAAGAAACCACCAACGCACUCACACUGGUGAGAGACCCUACAAAUGUGAUGAAUGUAGCAAGAGUUUCACCCAGUCUGGUGACCUGGUGAAGCAUAAGAGGAUACACUCUGGAGAAAAGCCCUUUGAAUGUCCAGACUGCCAUCGCUGCUACACCUCGUCUGGUGACCUGGGCAAGCAUCGGAGGAGUCACACUAACCUGCGUCCCUACACAUGCUCAGAAUGUGAAAAAAGCUUUCGCUUGUCAGGCCACUUGAAAACUCACAUGUUAACACAUACAGGGGAGAAGCCGUUUUCCUGUCCUAACUGCCUCCGCAGGUUUGCUCGCUCUCACCAUCUUUCUGGGCACGUUGCUAAAUGUCGUUAAUCUUUAAGAGCAUGAAGAAGACUGUAAAUAAGCUUGCCUGAUUUAAAGUGGUCAUUCUGAGAACUGCAAACAGUCAACUAAAAGACUUUGUUUAAGUCCAAACUAAUAUCUGUGUAACUAUUUAAAAUAACUUUAUGGAACCACUUGACCCAGAUGACUGUUUUAAUCUAUUGUGAAAAGUGAAUUGAACACAUUAUCAUAUUUUUAUUGCACAGAUCUCCUUACAGCCCUACCAAAGGCAUUAUUUUAUUUUAGUCUGCAGGGUAGAUCAACUGUUGUAAGACACUAUUGUAUCCGGGGUUUGUUUAUGCGGUAUGAGUCGAUGUUUAAUGAGACAUGCUUGUUAUGAAUUGUUUUGUUUCUCCUGAGAUCUUUGCUGUAUGAUUUGUAAAAAAAAAUUAAUAAAUUACAUAAUUAGUGCACAAACAGGGUGUUUGAUGCUACUGAGUGUCAAGGAAAA